GGAGAAACACCGACCCUCUUAUGAGCCGCAGAGCGCCGCCUGCUGGAGAAACACCGAACCUCUUAUGAGCCGCAGAGCGCCGCCUGCUGGAGAAACACCGAACCUCGCCGAGCGAGAACUCGCUCAGUCAGCCAUGUAAAGUGCAGGCGACGGGAUCCUGUUCCCAGCGAAAGCGAAUAUUAUUCCUGAUCUUCAUAUUUCAGAUCGCAGGGAAACAUGGUUCAGUCCUGCUCGGCCUACGGAUGCAAAAACAGAUACCACAAAGAUAAAAACAUCUCCUUUCAUAAGUUUCCUCUGGCCCGGCCGGACGUCUGUGGGAAAUGGCUGGCCGCUAUGAAGAGAAGAAACUUCAAGCCCAGCAAGUACAGCAACAUCUGCUCUCAGCACUUCACCAGAGACUGCUUCAAGCGCGAGUGCAACAACCGUGUGCUGAAGGACCACGCCGUGCCCUCGCUCUUCUCCUCCAGCAGACUGCAGAUGCAGGCAGCGUCUCUGGAGGAGAGCUUCAGCGCAGACUUGGCCUUUCCUCUGAGCCUGCCGCUGUGUGAUGCAGCGGUGUGUCCGUCUGAAGCCGAGCCCGGCCCGGACCUCCACACCAGCGCCUUCGUCUCCUGCGACCACAACUACACGGUGGAGGACACGCUGCAGCAGAAGAGACGCAUCGAGCAGCUGCAGGAGCAGAUGGAGAAGCUGCGCAAGAGACUGAAGACGGUGCAGCAGAAGUGCAGGCGGCAGGAGAGGCAGCUGGAGCGCUUCAGAGCCAUGAGCGAGGUCCAGAGGGACGCGGCGCUGGGAGACAGCUACGUUAUCCUGCCCAAAGAGAUCUACGACGUCCUGAAAGGAAUAGAGACCAUCGGAGGUUCAGAUGGACAGAAGGAGGUUUAGCUGCUGGAGGACUCGAUGUCGGUUCUAGUCACAGAUCUUUGUGGAACCGAAUGUCGUUUCAGGAGAGGAUCGUCCGCUUCAGAGCAGAACUAACUCAAUAACUGCGUGAGAGGAUUCAGGUGUGAUCGUUUGCAGCGUUGAAUUCAUCUGAUUCGGUCAGAGUAACUAAACCCUUUAGCACUUGUGGAAAUAGUCCAUGCGCUUGGAUGCCAGAUGAGCCCCGGUGCACGAGAGACUCGACCGACGCUGGAGCUGAUGCUGACUCCGUGACAAACGCUUCAGUAAAUCAGGUUCUCAUUAUCUGCAGAUUUGUUGAAAUGGCAGCAGAUCAGUGUUUAUUCAGUUAUUAAAUGUUUUUUCUAAUUUAAACCUCUAGAAUUUAUACGGACUAGUUUGUUUUGAUUUGAUUAAUGUACUAAGAUGACCAAACUGGACUUCACUAAACACAUUUUCAGUAGCCUUAGAGUCACAUAUCAAAGGGCUUUGAGCUGCUCGCUGUUGUUUUUCACCCCUUACUGAUUCAUUUAUUAUUUACAAAACUUUAAUAAUCGUGGAAUCAAUUUAAGCCAUAUAUGGAUAAAAAUAGAUUUUUUUUUCUGGGAAAACUUCAAUCAUAGUUGCCUUACGUGACAGUGCAUUGUUCAUGUGUUUGACUGUUUCAAUACAACACUCUCAUUCUUGAGCUGAGCUUGUGCUUGAAUGAGUUUCAGUGUCGUCUAAAUGUCACGCUUUAUUACGGUCUUGUACUGACACACUUAUUGGAAGAUGACUG